AUGCGUUCAGCAUUCUGUUCACCUCUUUCACACUCCCAGAGAGGACUACAGCCAAUACAGCAGCACUGUUUGAACAGGAUUUUUGUUAGUGGCAGAAUGGUUUCAAUGGAAGCUCUGAAAAAUUUAAACACAGCAGUGCAUGUCACCAUAACAGUUGGUCAGUUUUCAUCAUCUGUGUCUUGUGUCUUCCCACUAAAGUACAAUGAUGUCCUUGAUGAAGGCUCACCAAUAUUGGAAAAGGAGAAGACGCGCAUUCAGAUAAUAUAUUUUCCUUCUUCUAGGCUAGAAACGGUAUUCAGCUUCAUAAAACAAUCCGUGGCAAAACACGUUUCUAUUAAAAUAAUAUUAAAUGAGAUUGAACAUAAAAGAAAUAUAUUUUUAAAAAAUGAAGAUUUAAAUGUUAUAACUGAUCAUAUUCAAAUCAAAACGGCUGUUGAAGCAUGUAAUUUCUGUCUUUUAAAUGUGAGAGAUGAAGCUUACAUUUUAAACAUUGAUUCGGCAAUCGAAUAUUUGUCACCUACUUACAAUUUCUACCCUCAUAUACUCGUUAUAUUCAACAAUAAAAUUAUGUUUAUUAAGGUUAAUUCUACAGAAUCAUACGAAUGCAUUGGCGAGUCUGAUAUUAUCGAUAUUUCUAAGGAAGGGAACUCAUCACUUCAGUUAAAUUGUAUAAAAGAAACUAUUGGAUCGGCCAAAUUAUUCCUUUCAAAAUACAAUGAUUACGAUGUAUUUCAGGAAGAAUUUCAGAAUACUUCAAUGAAUGAUGAAAAAAGUAAAUUGUCUGCUGAUUUCAAACCAUUUAAGAUAUUUUGUGAUAAUAUGGGACACUUGUGCACGUUGCAUGCUAAACGUCAUAAAAUCAAUCAAGUAAUAUUUGGAGAAAGCUUAAGUGACGAUAUUAUUAUUAAACAACUUAUCUCAAAAUCUGUCAGUAUUCAUAGUGAUAAUAGUGUCAAAAUAAUAUUUCUUCGUCAUGAAAGAUAUCUUGAGGGCAUUGGCAGUUUACUUUAUGAUACAUCGAUUGGAAUAUCUCAAACAUCUUGGGCAGAAAAUUAUUGUGAAAGCUCAGCGUUACAAACUGAGAUGUUUGUUUUUCAAGAGAUUGACACUUUUCAAUUAACAUUAGACUCGUUAGAUAAUUUAGUUACUUUUUGCCCAGUCUUGUCGAAUACAGUAGAGUAUUUCCCAGAUACUCAAAAUCUUAGUGAAAAUUCUUCAGCCAGGGAAUACUGGCUUAGUUGUAUAUCAGAUGCAUUUAACGCGGGUACUACCAGAACGAUUGGCAUUGCAAAAAAAGAAUCAACAAAAAAUUUAGAGAUGUAUAGAGACAGAGUUGUGAAAAGGCUAGAGUACUUAAGGAAAAAUCAUGAUGCGUACGGUUAUCUUGCUAUGAGACUUUUACAAGAUACAUUAGAACAUAUAAAAAAGGAAAUGGGGUUACUUACAAUGUAUGAAAAGAGAAAACAACACGAGAAUGCAACAGCCAUUAAGGAACUUGUUGAUCGGUUGAACUGCUUAGAUUCGUUGGAUUAUGUUGAACAACAAACGGAAUUAGUUAAAUAUUUGCUAGCCGGUAAUAUGUUCGACUGGGGAGCUACAGAAGUAGCUAAAUUGAUGAUAGCUGGGAAAUUAAACUUCCAACAAGCCAUAGAUAAGCUUCCAGAAAGGCCAUGGCUUGUAGAUAAUCUAGAUAAUUGGACAAACAGAUUGAAGGAAUACAAUUAUAAAAAAGUAAUGAUAUUCGCUGAUAACAGCGGUUAUGAUUUGAUACUAGGCGUUUUACCAUUUGCAAGAGAACUCGUUAGACGAGGAGCAGAGGUUGUGAUUUGCGCUAAUUGUGAACCAGUUCUAAAUGAUAUCACAUUUUAUGAGUUGAAGGAUGUUUUUGAAGAAAUUAAGAACCAUUGUCCGAUUUUGAGGAAAGCCAUUGAAGAAGGGACAUUGAGUAUGAUGAAGUUGGCAAAAAGUACUUGCUGUUUAGAUCUAUGCUUCAUCAAUAUUGAAGUUGUUGAAAAGAUGAAAGAUAUGGACUUGCUCAUCAUAGAAGGUAUGGGCAGGGCUGUACAUACAAACCUUUAUGCUCGAUUUAAAUGCGAUUCCUUACGAGUCGCAGUUAUCAAAGAUCAUUGGUUGUCAAGAGAGUUAGGAGGAGAAAACUUUUCUUGUAUUUGUAAAUUCUCGUUAGGUGAAUUUGAAUGAUCUAUGAAUAUCAAGGGUAUGAAAUGGUGUAAUGUAGUAAAGAAAUUACCAGAUCUGAUAUGUUUGAGAAUGCAUUGUAAGACUUUCAAUGUAAACGUUUUUGGAUUGAUUUAAUCUAAAAAGCUUGGUUAUACAUUUAUAAAAAAUAUAAUGAAUUUCGUUUUCCUUUCACUACCUU